GAGUCGUAUAGAGAAGGAACAGGUGACACUUUCCCAAUAUAUCAUCCGAGUGAUCACUUUGGCGGAGACUCUGAUCCUUUAGACUUGAACACAGUCAACAGGUACAGUGCGGCAGUCUCCUCGGCAUAUUGUUUCUCUCGCCGAUACAUUAUUGUUCCGGGCAAACAUACACAGGUGGAGUUGGCGAGAGAUUCACGGCUACUCCUCCGAAAGAUCAGAUUGAUAGGAAUACAGAUCCUUGGGAUGGGAGCACGACCAACAGGUACCAGACUACUCCGGAUGGUGGGCGCGACAACGAUGCCCGUGCCACCGCCACCGCCUCCACCAGUGGGUGGUUUCCCAGCACCUCCUCCACCAACCUCCACCAGCACCACAAGCCGACCUGUCUCGUCGGGUACCUUCUGUGCUCGAGCAGUCUGCACCGCUUUGACCACUAGCGGUAGAGCUAGACAAGUCCAGCAACCUAGUAGAGCAACGGUCCAAAACCACGGGCGACCGACAAGGUUCUGA